GGUGGUCCCGGUUCAGAUAACAGGCUGUUAGAAGCUCCGCGCAUUGUCAUUUUGUCCGGGAAGCAAUUCCAUUUUUUAAGUUGAAUGAAUCGAUAAAUCUUGGUCACAAUUUUUAUCUGCUUAGCAGUGUUUCUAGAAUAUAUUUGUAUACUGAUUAGUAUUUUAAAAGCUUGGUAGUAAUUUUAUAAUAUUUUUUAGGUUUUCAUCGAUAUUAGUAUAAUAUUAUAAAAAAAAUUAACAAUGUCUUGCAACGUUGAUUUUUACUAUUUCACUGUAAGUCCACCAUCGCGUGCAGUUUGGAUGACUUUGGAAGAACUGGGAAUCAAAUAUAAUGAGCAUAUUGUCGAUAUUUCAAAGGGCGAGCACAAGACUGCUGACUACAAAAAGAUCAGUUUUCGCCAAAAGGUUCCGGCAAUCAAAGAUGGCGACUUAUGUCUUGCAGAAAGUCGGGCUAUUGCGGCCUAUCUUGUAAGUGAAUACGGUGCCCAACAGAAGAAACAAUACCUUUAUCCACAAGAAUCUAAACUAAGAGCAAAAAUCGACCAACAUCUCUACAUCGGUGAAAAUAUUUUUGAUCAGAUUCAAGCUUAUGUAAACGUAGGCGGGGUUUUGUUCAGAGGAGAGAAAACAAGAUUGGAGAAAGUUGAUGAAGCGAAAGCCGCUCUCGGAUCAAUAGAAUUCAUGUUGGAAGACCACGCCUACACGGCGGGAGAUAAGCUAACGAUCGCCGAUUUCUUUUACUACAUCGCCAUUCAACUUCUAUCGCUAACUGACUUUGACGAGUUCGAUAAAUUUCCAAAAGUUGUUGAAUGGAAAAAGAAAAUGCAAUCUCUUCCCUACCAUAAGAAAACAUGUGACGAACCGAUGACAAAAUUUCGUCAAUAUUAUCAACAUGUUCUGUCAAGCAAGAAGGAAUGAAGUUUACUGACGAAAUAGCUUCAUAGAUCCAAACGAGAGAGUUAGACCUAUUAUCAAAUAUUGCAUAUUAUUGAGUCAGUUUUCGCUUGAGAAAUGUCUCUACAAGUAUUAUUUUUAAGAAUACCCAGUGGAAACGUUUCUAGUUGUUUCACCUGUUGUUUCUAUUGUUAUCUCAAUUAUCUACCGUGAUUGAUAUUGAUGUUUAUUUGAGUUUGUUUGAGUUAAAGGAACCGAGUAACAAGUUUUAUUUUCAUGUAUACCUCAUGUAUUAUACCUAUUAUUUUAUGACUAAAAAAGAUAUAUCACAAUACUAAUUAAGGCA